AUAUAGAUCUAUAGAUGAUUAAUAUAGUACUAAUAUGGGCUCAAUGACAAACGGCUAGGCCCAAUAAGAUUUUACCAAGCCGAAGCUUAUCACUUUAUUAAAUUCAUCGUCUCCUACAUAUCAUCGUCUCCUCUGCUGGUACUAAUAAUUUCACAGGGAGAUACCUCUCUCAAUCUGCAACAAGAGAUCACUUACUGUCCUUAGAUCUAAACUACAACAACUUCACCGGUCCAAUUCCUCAAUGUGUGAGUAACUUCACUUUUUUUUUUUGUGAAUUUCCGGAAGAACGACUUGGAAGGAGACAUGUUCUGUGUUAGUGCCUCGCUUCUCCGGACGCUUGACGUUGGCUACAAUCUACUCAGCGGAAAGCUUCCAAAGUCGCUUCAACACUGCUCCUCUUUAAUCUUUCGAAAUGUUGACAACAACAACAAUAUCAACGAUGGUUUGGUGGAAGCACGCAGGCUUUUUAAUCAGAACCGGACAUCAUGGCUAGACAUUUCAACAUGGAACAUGAUGAUCUCGGCUUACGUUCAGCGAGGUCUGAUGUCGGAAGCUCGCCAGGUGUUCGAUCAAAUGCCUGUGAGAGACGUGGUGUCAUGGAACACCAUGCUCAUGGGUCUGAAGAAAACCAGAGAUAAUACAGAGAGCGUUCUCAGGCUUUUUAUAGAUAUGCGGAGAUCCUCAAGCGUUUACACCGGCUCCCCUUUGUUAAGAGGCUACACGAGUUUAAGGGAUCCAAGAGGUUUAGAGAGAGUCUUUGAGGAGAUUUUGGUCAAGGAUGUGGUGUCUUGGAACGUGUUGAUUACGGGUUACAUGAAGUUAGGUUUUGUGGGGGAUGGUGAGAGAGCGUUCGGUGAAAUGCCGGAGAGGAACAUCGUAACUUGGCACACAAUGUUGAUUGGGUACGUAAACAACGUGGAGAUGAGUAAAGCUAGGGACUUUUUCGAUAAGAUGAGUCAAAGGACGAAUGUCUUUUCUUGGACUGUAAUGAUCAAUGGGUACGUGCAGUGCACGGAGUUUAAAGUAGCCUUGUUGCUUUUCCGUGAAAUGGUUGAGUCUUGGAGUAACAGGCAGAGUCAUUACACGUUUUCGAGUGUUUUAAAGGCGUGUGCAGCUUUAUCGUCGCUUCUUAUGGGGGAGACAAGUGCACUCGAUGAUCACAAAACGUGGAAAGGAUUGUGACCUAGUCUUGUCGACUUCUCUGGUAGAUAUGUAUGCCAAGUCAGGUGAUAUUACCGCUGCUUCACUCGUGUUUAAAUCGAUGCUAGUGAAGAAUCCAGCUUCGUGGAACUCAAUGAUUGGAGGGUUUGCAAGACAUGGACUAGGGGUGGAAGCUUUAGAAGAGUUCGAGAGGAUGGUACAGUGCGGCUACAAGCCUGACCAGGUGACUUUCAUUAACUUGUUAUCGGCUUGUGCUCACGCGGGGCUAGUGGAAGAAGGGGAAAAACAGUUCAUGUUGAUGGGUAGGUUUGGGAUAAGUGCAGAGAAGGAGCAUUAUGCAUGUAUGGUGGAUCUACAAGCAAGGGCUGGUCAAUUAGAUAAAGCAGAGAGGUUGAUAAAGGGUAUGCCUUUUGAGCCUGAUUUUGUUAUCUGGGGGGCUUUGCUAGGGGGCUUGCGGAUUGCAUUCAUGUUUGGAGUUAGGUGAAGUUGCUGCUAGAGGAAUCUCAAGGUUGAGAAGAGAGCAUCCCCGCAGCUUAUGAUGUUCUGUGUAGAGUUCAUGGCGAGAAAGGAGAUUGGACUAGUGUUAUGGAGUUGAGGAGAUUGAUGAGGAAGACUAAAGCCAAGAAACAAGACGCUAGUAGCUGGAUUGAAUAGAGCUGAUGUGAAACAGGGCUUUUUGGUCUUCCUACACUAGUUCAGUUGAUGAGCGCACCAUUGUGAUGAAGCUUCUGUACUAAGAUGAUGUGACAGUAUGGUUAUAGCCUUCUAAAUUCUAUGAAUCCUGGUGAUAACAAUGCAGCUUGAAUAGAGCUUUCUAACUCUGAUUUCGAGACAAACAUUGUGAUAAUAAGCAUUUGAAUUCAUUAUUUCCUAGUUUA